AUGGCAACUUCAGAAAAAAAAUACCCGAAAAAGAAUCCGUCGUUAGAGAAGUAUGAACGAGGAAAACCUCGUAAUUUGAAGAAAGUGAAGAGCCAUCAUCUGAAAAAUAAACUUCAUCAUGAAGAAGAGAAAUUUAAAGAGGCUGCGUUAUCCGCCGCUCGUGUAGAAGAGUUUAUGCUUUUAGAAGACAAGGGAUACCUAGAAACCGAAAAUGAUCUUGAAAAAACUUAUAAAAUUAGUCAAAAAGACAUAAAAGAUAACGUUGAUAUCCAAACAACACGAAAAUCUUUUGAUCUUCAGCUCAAUGAUUUAGGACCAUAUAAGGUUGAUUAUUCUCGUACGGGAAACCAUCUGUUGAUAUGUGGUUCAAAAGGGCAUAUAGCGUCUUUUGAUUGGAAACAAGGAAAACUAGAAUCUGAAAUUAACGUUGGAGAAAGUGUUCGUGCCGGAAAGUGGCUUCAAGGCGAUAACCAAUUUUACGCAGCUGCACAAAAAAAAUAUGUUUUUAUUUAUGAUAGUGUUGGAACUGAAGUUCAUAAGCUGAAAGACCACAUUGAUGUUACAGCGUUAGAAUACCUUCCUUUUCAUUUUCUUUUAGCUUCAGUUGGUAAUACGGGAUGUUUAAAAUACCAGGAUGUUUCUACUGGAAAGCUGGUUGCUGAUCAUAAGACCCGGUUAGGUCCCACACAAUCAUUUACUCAAAAUCCUUAUAACGCUAUACUUCAUUUGGGUCACGGUAAUGGAACUGUUACUCUAUGGUCUCCAACAGUAAAAUCCCCUUUAAUAAAGCUUCUCGCAAGUAGAGGCCCUAUUAGAUCACUGGCAGUUGACCGUGAAGGGAAGUAUAUGGCUUGCGCUUCAAGCGACAAGACUGUUAAAAUUUGGGAUAUAAGGAAUUUUAAGGAACAUGUCAAUUCUGUUUACUCACCAACACCUGCGACUUCCUUACAUAUUUCUGAAUCUGGCCUUUUAGGUGUAGGGUUUUCGUCUCAUGUUCAAGUAUGGAAAGAUGUAUUUACCACUGGUAGUAAAUCGAACCCUCCAUACAUGAAUCAUUCGUUUCCUGGCUCCAAAGUUGCAAAUGUUCGAUUUUGUCCGUUUGAAGAUAUUUUAGGAGUUGGUCACGCUAAAGGAGUAUCUUCAUUGAUCAUUCCUGGCUCUGGUGAGGCUAACUUUGAUGGCCUUGAAGUUAAUCCAUUCAUGAAUGCUUCUAGAGAAGGUCGUCGCGAAAAUGAGGUGCGUGAACUUCUAAACAAGCUUCAGCCAGAAAUGAUUGUUCUCGACCCAACAUCGAUUGGCAAACUUGCAUCUUCAGUGGAUACUAUUAGAAUCAAAGCAUCAGAAAGAGCUGAAGCUCAAGAAUUAGGUCACGAUGCACCAACUCUAAACACCAACUUGAAUACUGGGUUUAAAUCUACUGAUAGUCGGAAUGCAAAAGUUCAAAAGGUUCUUGCGAGAGAUAAAUAUCUUCAAAAACAAAAAUUACAAAGGGUCGAAAAAUUACGAAAAGAGAAGAACGCACUUGGUCCCGCACUAGGAAGAUUUCUUUAA